UCUGUGUAGGUAUAGCGUUCGCGACGCACGGUCGAGGACGCACGCGUGUUUUUUUACACAAUUUAAAUAUCUCACACGCCGCUGCUAAAUUUAGUUCAAAGUAGACAGAAGUUACUAGUUAUCUCAUUAAAUAAUAAGUGAAACUGACUUUGAAAACGCUUAUAAAUCAAUAUGUCGUUAAAAAGAGUUAUUGUUGUAAACAAAACUUUCCCGCAGGUUGGUUUGGAUUUUCUGAAAAAGGAAGGAGUUAAAACGACCGUAAUACCUUACAUGGACCACGAACCUGAAAGCUUACCUGAAAUAAAGAAGAACAUCAACGGCUACGAUGGCAUUAUUUGGAACACAAGACACAGGUUCGACGCCGAGAUUAUGGAUUUGGCAGGUCCCCAACUGAAAGCCGUAACAACGAUGUCGUCGGGCGUGGAAAACAUGGAUGUAAAAGAAAUACAAAAGCGGGGCAUCCCCCUGGGCAAUGUUCUUCAAGUCCUGGAUAACGCCGUGGCUGACAUCGCGUUGGGGCUCAUCAUAGCCGCAGCCAGGAGAUUCAAGGAAGGAAUUGAAGAACUAAACAGAAAUGAAUGGAAGUAUGGUGUCCAGUGGAUGCUGGGCACUGACAUAGCCAACAGCACCGUGGGCAUCGUGGGCCUCGGGGGCGUCGGGCAGGCCAUCGUCAGGAGGCUCAAGGGCUUCGACGUCGGCAAGUUCCUUUAUUGCGGGAGAACUGACAAACCCGAAGCGAAGGCCCUAGGAGCCGAAAGAGUGCCCCAAGAACAACUGCUGAGAGAAAGUGACUUCGUAAUCCUGGCUUGUCCACUGACGCCCGAGACUAAGAACAUGAUCAAUGCUGACUGUUUAAAGACGAUGAAGAAAAACGCGGUGCUUAUCAACAUUGGCAGAGGAGGCUUAGUUGACCAGGAAGCGCUGUAUGUAGCGUUGAAAGAGAAGCAAAUCUUCGGUGCAGGACUGGACGUCGUCCAACCAGAGCCGCUACCAAACGACCAUCCUUUACUUUCUUUGCCAAACUGCUUUAUCAUCCCACACUUGGGCAGCUCAACCACUGAAACUAGGAACCAAAUGGCCAUCGUUUCGGCCGAAAACAUCCUCAAUGCCUUCAAUGGCAAACCAAUGAAGUACCCGUGCUUCUGAAUAUCCACGUGCUACUAAUAGGAUAAUUAAAA